AUCCUUAUCAUCAUCUUACUGACAAUAAAUGAAAUUUAAUUCAAUCAUCACAAUGAAUCAAUUAUUAUCUGUCUUAUGCUUAUUCACUUAUGUGAAUGCUGGUUUGUUAAAUGGAAUGAGUACAGAUGGACUUAUAACCAUUGAUACAACUAAUUCUGAACCUGAAAUAGAAACAUCAGUGACUUCUCCCGUUGGUACAGAAAGUGUCGAUACAACUGUCGUAACCACAACUGUUGAUAAGCAUAAAGAAGGUACUGCCAACUUGGAUUCUAUUGGAUUCACCGGUCCGAUCACUACUACCACAAUAACAGAAAGGACGACAACAACAGCAUCAACAGCUAGUGAUGUUAGUAGUACUGAAGCCAGUGUUACUUUAACCUCAACUAACUCUGCAUCUAUAACGGAAAGUUCUCCUAGCGAAUCAGAAACCGCCACUAGUUCUCCUAGUGAAUCAGAAAGCACCACUAGUUCUCCUAGCGAAUCAGAAACCGCCACUAGUUCUCCUAUCGAAUCAGAAAGCACUACUAGUUCAGAUAUUGUAUCUUCUCCUUUGGCAACAGACAUUGAUAUCACUCCCACAGAGAUUAUUGUUCAAACAACUUCGGGAGAUUUAGAAAAUCAGACAGAAAGUACUCCGACUGUGACAAGUGAUUCAAAUCACACAGAAACAGAAAUGCCUGAAUCGAGUACAGAAAAUCUUGAUAAUCAAACAGAAGCCGUUAAAACCAUAGAAAAACUUACUUCUAGUUUGAUAUUUGCUGUUGGUAAUGUUUGUGAAGAGUUCGCAAUUUCCGCAAACACACAUUCAACUGAAUCAACUUCAGAGGACUUAGAAAAUCAAACACAAAGUACAAUUAACUCAGAAACAAGUUCUUCAAUUGUUGUGACUCCUUCAGUCCAUGAAAAUGGUACAGAGGUUAUGUAUACAAACAUAACAAACGUUCCUGAAUCAACCUCAGAAAUUGUCACUGUUCCAGUGGAAACCACUUUAGCAUCCCGUAUGUAUCAGUCUCGUUUGAUGGAAUUAGUUAAAAACCUUUGUACUCAAUAUACUACUUACACUAACAAUAAUGUCAAUGAAAUAACAACUGCACCUACUGAAAUAACUAAUACCACAGAAUCAGAAAUCAAAUCUACUGAAAAUGAAACACAAAGUGUAUCCACUGAUAACAUCAACACGGAAAGCACAAAUGAAACACUUUCAACAACUCAAAAACCAACUGAUGCUAAUUUACAUUUCUAUGAUAUUCGUAUUCCGAAUAAAAAGGAGAAGAAAUGUAAACCGAAGAAAUCAGACGAUGAAGAAGAAUGUAGUACAGAUUCAGAAAAUGGCGGCAAUAGUACAGAUGGAUCAGAUAGUGAUGAAGAUUAGAUAUCAUAGUAAUAAUUGCGUUAAAACUAAACUAAACUAAACACAAAAUCAAUCCCCUGGUGUAUCAAAUAGAUGAAUUUACAUUUAUUAAAUUUUUUGUUAAAAAGCAACAAACAAUAAACAACACAACAUCAUUGAAUUAGCAGCCUAUUAAUCUUUGAAAAUUCCGCUUAAAUUUUGACAUUUUUAAACAUUGAACCGAUUGAUUCACUACAAUUGAUUCGAAACAAUUCAAUGUGUGUAACAUUUAGUCAUUAUUUAUAACAUUUUUUAUUCUUUUGAAUAUACGUUCAUAUAUAUACAUACAUACAUUGAUGUAAUUUGGUAUUUGGUUU